ACCGACUAAACCAAAAAGGAAUAGAGAAAAAAGAAAAAUUGGAAACGAGUGAUGAUGAUGACGUCAACAUCGCUAAAAACAAUCUUACACGGCUCUGUUUAAAAUCCCAAGACGGAAACACUUUGUGAUCCCAUACCAUCAUUUCUCUCUUGGAAGAAGAAGAAAAAGAAGAAGAAGAUAUGGGUGUUGAUUUGGAUUUGGAAUCUAUCUCCGAAGCCACCUCCGGAGCCAUUGGAUCUCUUCUCAGCACUACCAUUUUAUACCCUCUUGAUACCUGCAAAUCCAAGUUCCAAGCCGAGAUUCGUGUUCGCGGUCAGCAAAAAUACAGAUACCUGUCAGAUGUGUUUUGGGAAGCAAUUUCAUCAGGAAAUGUUCUCUCCUUGUAUCAAGGCCUUGGGACUAAGAAUUUGCAGUCCUUUAUUUCGUCCUUCAUCUAUUUCUAUAGUUAUAGCUAUUUCAAGAGGUUACAUUCUCAAAGGAUUGGUUCUAAGUCUAUUGGAACAAAGGCAAAUCUGCUCAUUGCUGCUGCUGCUGGGGCUUGUACCUCUGUGUUGACCCAACCCCUAGAUACAGCUUCAUCGAGGAUGCAAACAAGCGAGUUUGGAAAAUCUAAAGGGUUGUGGAAGACUCUAACCGAUGGUUCAUGGGGAAAUGCAUUUGAUGGCCUUGGGAUUUCUCUUUUAUUGACCUCGAAUCCAGCAAUUCAGUAUACAGUGUUUGAUCAGCUGAAACAGAACCUUCUUGAGAAAAGAAAGGCAAAAUCCAGCAAAGAUUCUUCCCCUGUAGUCCUCUCUGCCUUUAUGGCGUUUGUGUUAGGUGCGGUCUCAAAAAGUGCUGCCACCGUCAUCACAUAUCCAGCAAUCAGGUGCAAGGUGAUGAUUCAAGCAGCAGAUGACUCAAAGGAAAAUGAAACGAAGAAGCCCAGAAAAAGAAUCAGGAAAACGAUCCCCGGGGUAGUCUAUGCUAUAUGGAAAAAAGAAGGGAUCUUAGGAUUCUUCAAAGGCUUGCAGGCUCAGAUCUUAAAGACAGUAUUGAGCUCGGCGUUGCUACUAAUGAUCAAGGAGAAAAUCACUGCAACCACAUGGAUUCUCAUUCUAGCAAUAAGAACUCUGUUUGUCACAAAAGGUAGGUUGAAAAGUCCAUAAAGAUAGCCCUUCCGCAAGAGUCCCAAGCCCAAGCAAGAGCAAAGUCAUUUGUUUGGCGAUCUGAAUCGAAUGAUUUUCGUGCAGGCAAGUAUUGUAGUCUUUCUCAUUUUAAGAACUAUUGAUAAUUUUUAGUAAAGAUCUUAUUCUAGGUCCACAUAAAGCUUCAUGUUGUUGCCAGAUUGAGUUUCUGGGCUUAGAGAUUUUUCUCUGGUUAUUGUGUAGUUUAUGUUUGUUUUCUUCAGCUGUAAUAAAUAUGGGGAUUUCUACUUUUCUCCAAAUUUUCAUGUACUCUUCACUAUA